UAGUAUCCCUUGUAGAUUGUAGACUUAGGGUUUUCCCGUCCAUUUAUGAGUUCCGUACCGGUAGUUAGUAAAUAUUAAGUAUUUACAAUAUUAUUUAUAUAGUCAAGGUUCAACACAGUCAAGGCCUGUAAAUAUGUAAUCAAAUUAACCAUAUUCGUUUAUUAAUUUCAAAUAAUCAAAUAUUAUUUAUUAAUAAACUGAAGUGAUAACGUGUGUACAUACGAGUAUGUUAAGAAGUCACUUAUAAACCGAAACAGAAGUGAAUAGUUCCUAAUUAUUAAAAUUUGUGCUAUAACCUUUGAAAUCAGUACUGUUCAGUGAUCGACCAUGAAGGUCUCAUCAUUUUGUUGUUUCAUUGUCAUCGGGCUAGUGAUAGUUGGUACAGUUGAUGGAAAGAUUUAUACGAAAUGUGGCUUAACCCAGGAACUGCUGCGUAUUGGAUUUAGCAGAUCAUUGGUUGGAAAUUGGGUUUGCAUGAUUGAAAGCGAAAGCGGCAAAGAUACCUCGAAACAAGUGAACAAAGCGAAUGGAGGAAAAGCUUUAGGACUUUUUCAAAUAAAUAGCAAGGAUUGGUGCAAAUAUGGCUCACCCGGUGGAAAAUGUAACAUGAAAUGUGAAGAUCUACUAAACGAAGCUAUACUCGAUGACGCAAACUGUGCUAGGAAGGUUCAACAAGAGCUGGGUUUCAAGGCUUGGGAUGGUUGGAAACGGAGCUGUUAUGGUCGAAGCUAUCCCAUGAAUAUUCCAUCUACAUGUUUAUAAUUCAUUGGCCAAUAUAUACAAAGAUUUUAAUCACUUGCUAUCUGAACUCAUAUGUAGAUAUUAUUAUAAAAUUGUUGUACUUGAGAAUGUAUAUUUGGUGAAUAAAAGAUGAUCUGCAUUUUCA